AAUAACAAUAAAAAUCAAUUGUACAUAUAGAAUUAGAAUCAAGUUCAAUAUGGAAUUGGGUGCUGGAUCAGUUUCAUUGAAUAAAGCGCAUUUUGAAGGAAAAUCCAUUGGUGGAAUGCCCUUCGAUGAACAUGAUCCAUUGUAUUUGGAGGCCUAUCGUAAAUCCAUACACAACCCAGUGGAAUUUUGGGAGGAGCAGGCUCAUCUAUUAGACUGGGAUCGUCCGUGGCAGCAGGUGUUGGAUGUAAGCAAUCCACCAUUUACCAAAUGGUAUGUGGGUGGCUAUCUAAAUGCCUGUUACAAUGCCAUCGAUAGGCAUAUCCUGGCUGGUCGUGGCUCUAAAGUGGCCCUUAUUCAUGAUAGUCCGCUGACAGGAACAGUGAGAGAAGUCACCUAUCAAGAACUGUACGAUGAAAUUGUUUUACUGGCCGGCGGAUUGGCCAAGCUGGGAGUGGUCAAAGGUGAUCGAGUUGUGAUCUAUAUGCCAUUAAUACCCGAGACCAUAAUUGCCAUGUUGGCCAUAGUCCGACUGGGUGCCAUUCAUUCGGUUGUCUUUGGUGGCUUUGCGGCACGAGAAUUAUGCUCAAGGAUUGAGCAUGUCGAACCAAAAUUGGUAAUUGCCUCCAAUGUGGGUGUCGAGCCAGGCAAAGUGGUGCCCUAUCUGGAUAUUCUUCAUUCAGCCAUACAAAUGUCACGUUGGAAGCCACCGCAAAAGAAUAUAAUUUUUAUACGUGAUCAGAUAUCUCAAAAUAUAUUGAAUGAUGAAACCGAUGUCAAUUGGUCCAAUGUGCUGGCCAUGGCAAGUCCCAGGCAGACAAUCGCGUGUGUGCCCAUCGAAGCCAAUGAUCCAUUGUACAUCCUCUAUACAUCGGGUACCACAGACAAACCCAAGGGAGUUCUUCGUACGAUUGGUGGUCAUUUGGUGGCUCUAAUGUACACUUUGCGGCAUAUCUAUGGCAUCCAGCCGGGCGAUACCUGGUGGGCGGCAUCCGAUAUGGGCUGGGUGGUGGGUCAUUCAUACAUAUGCUAUGGUCCUCUAUGCCUUGGUGCCACUAGUGUGAUGUAUGAGGGUAAGCCCGAUCGUACACCAGAUCCAGGACAAUAUUUCAGAAUCAUCGAUCAGUACAAGGUAUGCUCCAUAUUUUCGGUGCCCACAUCUUUUCGUGUUAUACGUCGUGCUGACCCAGAGAUCAGUUAUGGUCGCCAGUAUAGUAUGAAGUCCUUGAGAGCCAUUUUCAUAGCUGGGGAGCAUUGUGAUUAUGAGACCAAAAUGUGGAUAGAAAAAACGUUCAAGGUACCUGUAUUAAAUCAUUGGUGGCAAACGGAAACAGGCUCAGCAGUGACAGCCACCUGUUUGGGCUUCCAACAGAAUCUUCGUCCGCCUACCUAUUCCACUGGCUUGCCAUUAAUGGGUUAUGACAUAAGAAUUUUAAAGCCCGAUGGCACCGAAGCGCAAACCAUGGAACUGGGUCGAAUAGCUUUGAAAUUGCCUUUGCCACCCGGAAAUAUGGCUACUCUCUAUAAGAACGAUGAACUCUUUCGCAAGUUGUACUUUCAAAGGUUUCCGGGUCACUAUGAUACCAUGGAUGCUGGGUAUAAGGACGAACUUGGCUAUGUAUUUGUAACCGCUCGUGAUGAUGAUGUCAUCAAUGUGGCUGGUCAUCGAUUAUCUACCUCAAGUCUCGAAGAUGCUGUCCUCCGUCAUCCUGAUGUCGUUGAUGUGGCUGUAUUUGGUGUUCCCGAAGCCACCAAGGGUCAAGUGCCACUUUGUCUGUAUAUACCGGUGGAGAAUUGUAAGAAAACCGAUGCAAAACUAUCAACAGAAAUUAUUAAACUAAUACGUGAUGUUGUGGGUCCCAUUGCUGCCUUCCGUUUGAUAACCUCGGUGAACAAUUUGCCACGUACUCGCUCCGGUAAGACCAUGCGCAAGGCCAUGGCUGAUUUCGCACGCAAUGAAAAGGUCAUCCUGCCAGCCACAAUUGAUGAUGCGACUGUCUUCACAGAGAUUCGUCGGGCUCUGCAACAUUUGGGCUAUGCAAUGUCUGCUCCAGAUCCCAUUGUUGCCAAGCUAUUAGAUUGAGAAUUAUAUCGAAUUGAGCAUUUAAAAUUUAUAUCCUUUAGUUUUAGUUUUUGUCCUUGGAAGAUGAGAA